AUGUCGGUGAACCAGGUGGCCGAGGAAAUCACCAACACGGGUGCUGACAUUUCAGCCGAUAAAGACCCUCGGGCCCUCUUCAACGUGACGACAAACGAGCUUGUCAACUGGCCUAGGUAUGCUCACUUUCGUGGGAAGGGAAACAGCUUCCAUAACCCGUUUGACAAGGGCUUCCGGGACAAUCUCGCAGAAUUCUUCAGACCUGGCUCUACCGUACUGGAAGAGAUGCCUACGGCCGACGAGGACACCAAACAAGAAACCAGUUAUCCAUUUGUUGUCUGA